AUGUCUUCCAAGCUCCCUCCGCUUAUUACACCUCCACUGCUUCGAUAUCUACGCCAGCAUCCUCAAUUGCCAAAGAAUACAUGGUAUCUCAUCGCAGCUGUGACGCUCACUAUCCUCAACCGCCCGGAUGAAAUCCCAACUGUGUACAGGCAUGCACUUGAGCACGUGACUAGCUCGAAUGUUCCUGGAUCAGAGAGUCAAUCAUCUUCGGCUUACGAUGUCCAUGCUGGAGAUUUUACUAACAGCGUUGGCAAGGCGAAGCUUAAUGAGGAGCUGAGAAUCCUACGAAGAACGCGAGAAGCGUUACUGAAGACUAGUGCUGUGGCCGGUGCGCCAAAAGUCAUCAAUGCAUGUGUAGCUCUGAAGGAGGCGACACCACAGCAUCUCAGUGAUGUUGACAAGUUUUCAGUAACGGGCAGGAGUGAUGAUAUUAGUGGUCUGUCUCUAAGUUUGGUGUUACGAAGAGGCCAACAAUUUUUCGACAAGAUCUACGGAAAGAUAUCAGGGAGAGUCACAAGGAUGAUGAAAGAUUCAGGCACAGAGGACUUGGAUCAAAUAGCUCUCCUCCUCUAUGGUUUCAUCUUGUCCAAUACAACUUUGCUCGACCAAGCAGAGACAAGUUACGUCCUCAUUGCGGCACUGAUCCCUCAGGACUUAAAUCCACAAUUGAAAGGACAUCUCAAAGGAGCAUUGAAUGGCGGGGCCUCGAUUGACGAGGUUAGAGCCGUGAGAGAAGUCGUCAUACGGAUAUGUGAAAGCGCUGGAAUGAAAAAGUUGGAUGGUAUGGUUGGUUUUGGGUGGCAGGGCGAUAUAGCAGAUCUAUAAAGUUUCAAAGCAAAAAGGUUUAGACUGUGAGGGUGCCUAUUUGUAACUUAGGAAUGCCUUCUCGUUCAAUAUUUUGACCACAUUGUCAAAUGAUAUCAUACGGCAUUAAAUCACG